ACCCGUUCAACUGCCCACCCUGAGAUAUGGUUCAAAUUCUUCUCCCCCUCCCCCUCCUCCUCUCCCUAGUCUCAGCUGCUCAGAUUUAUCCAUCCAGAAGUCGACCUGUUGUUGGAUUACCCCGAGGUUUAAACCUACGAGAAGCUGAGAACCUUCUGAGGAUAAUUGAACCUACAACCUGUGGAUGUGCUAGACCGGAACAGUUCUGUGAGGUUCCGGUUCCUCAGGCUAAAUAUAUGGGGGUUCAUUGCAACAUUGGAGAGUUUUGCUGCCGCAGAAAACGAUCUCCAGGUCAGAUAAGCAUGAAAGAUCUUCAAACCCUUGCUCAAACCCAUCUAAAGAAUCAGAACGUGAUCAAGACAAACCAACAGGGAGAAAUUGUGCUAGAUGCAUCCAACCUAGAGAUAUCUGAUCAGUUUAACCAGAAAAUACAAGUAAAACCAACCCCAUCUCAGGGUCAAGAUAAACCUAUAGAUCAGAAGAAAGAUGAAUCCUCUAGGUCUCCUGAGCAGCACAAAGAAGAAUUCCAGCCUGUAAAAAGUCCCAGUUCUGAAUUAUUUGUCAAGAAACCUAUAUCAGCUCCUCGGUCCCAGGUUCCAACAGGGCCUGCAGGGUUUCCUUAUCUUUCCAAGGAUAUUGUUAAUCCUGGAGAAAUCCCAACCCAAUCGGCUGGACGGAUUUCUUCAUCUUCUUUAGGACGGGUUUAUGCACAAGGAUCACCAAGAGGAGAGAUUCAUCCUCAAUUCUUUGAUAGCAUAAAUCAAUAUGCUCAUAUUCAACCUACUCUCCGUCCUUACCAACAACCUAGAGAGGGUUUAAUAACACCCGAAGAGAGCCAGCUUUCAGAUCUUAGAACCCAAAUACCAGCCUUAAAUAAUCCUGAAUACUCAUUUACAAGGCAAUCAAUUGAGCAGGAAAAAUCAGUUGUUGGACAUGAUAUUUCAUCAGUCAGGCAUGAAAUUCCAGUGGAAAGGCACGAAAAACCCAUAAUAAGACAUGAAAUCCCUAGUUCUCCAGCAGGACCUGUUUACACUAGACCUGGAGAAAUGAGAUCCCUUGGAACUUUAUCCCUGCAGGAUCUGGGUAUACCCUCAGGUGUGAAAGCUUAUAUAAAACCAGUUUCCAUGAUGGAGAAACUUCCUAGAGAGAGGAAGCAAGAGCAACACCAAGCUCAUCCGAAAAAUGAAGAAUGUGGAUGUAUGAGAACAGAUAUUUGUGGAUUUGAGUUCGUUGAUCUCAGUUUUGGAGUUUCUUGUCCUUAUGGAGAGGUACGAUGCUGCAAAUCUUUACAGCAGCGACUGGAUAAUCCUGAUGAAGAUCUGAAGACUAAAAAUGAAGAAGAAAAAGAAGAAUUUAAGGACAAUGCAUAUAUGAUUACCAGACCUGAAGUUGGCUUUGGUCAGGUUAGACCUGUAAAUCUUGAAAUAAAUUAUGUUCCAAGAGCCUCAAUUACAUCAACAUCAACUACAUCAUCUACAUCAACUACAUCCACUACAUCAACAUUAACUACAUCAAAAUCAACUACAUCAUCAUCAACUACAUCAUCAUCAACUACAUCAUCCACAUCAACUACUAUAACAUCAACUACUCCUACAUCAAGUACAACAGCAUCCACUACUUCUGCAUCAUCUACAUCAAAAUCUACUACCCAGACUUCAAGUACUAUAAGGUUAUCAAAAGAAACAGGUCAAGAUUCUUCUGUAACUGUUGUUGUUGCGGAACAGGGGCAGGUUUCAGUUUCUCUUCCUUCUCCUGGUUCUCCUCCUUCUCCUGGUUCUCCUUCUGCUCUUGGUUUUCCUACUGCCCCUGGUUCUCCUUCUGCCCCUAUUUCUCCUUCUGCCCCUGGUUCGCUUCCUUCUCCUGGUUCUUCUUCAACCCUUCUCCCUGCUUUAUUUCCUAUAGGAACGGAUCCAAGAAUUACUCCAAUAGCAGCUUUACCUGUCCCUACACAAUAUUCAAAUCCCAAUUCUGCUCGUCCUGCAGUGCCGAAUCCUGUUCGUUCAUCAGUUCCCAACUUUAAUCGUCCUACAAUUCCCGACCCUCAUCGUCCAAUAGUUCCUACCCCAGCUCCAGGUAAAUUAUCAACCCUUUCUGCCCACCCUGUAGUUCCUCACUCAGCACCUUAUCUUGUUUCAGCCAAUUCUGCACGUCCUGCAGUUCCGAACCUAGCUCAGGGUGUAGUUUCUAACUUUUCUCCUGCAGUUCCGACCCCUGUAUCUCAAAACACUCUCGGGGACAAAACUUUCUUUGACCGGGAGGACAGAUUUCAAACCAAUUUCAAUAACCCGCAGCCAUUACCAGGACAAAUUUAUCGUCGGACAGGACAAGCCUACCCAUCAGGACAGGGUUUCCGACAAGUUCCCGGACAAAUCUACAGAGGGGGUUACUAUCGGACAACUGAAGCUCCCGGAUUUAUCGAAUCUAUUGGACAAUCUGCACUUGAUCUUACUAAAGGAUUCUUUAGCUGGCCGUUCUAAACUUUUAAUAUUUUUAAAAUAUUAAAAUCAAAUUUGUAAAUACAUUAGAUGAUGAUAAAAAUGCGAAAUCUAAAAAUAUCUAAAAUUUCUUUGCAUUCAAUAUGUAUAUUAAUAUUUUUUCUCUCACAAACGCACACUUUAUAGAAUGUUUUGCAUUUUUCUCUUUGGACUAGAUGAAUAUAACUCCUUUAGCCGUAAAAUACGUAUGUAGCUAAUAAUAAAUUUUUAACUAAACUAUAAUUUAUGUAUAUUAUAUAUGCAUUC